UGGCCAGGCUGGCCUCAGGACAGGAUUCAUUGUUUUGUGGCACUAUGGCUACUAGAUCUAGAUCUAGUCAAGCUUGUUUAGAUAUUGGUGAUUUGAUUGAUGUCAUUGACUUAUUAAAGAAAUGUGGCUUUCAAGGAACAAAGUGGCAAGAGCUGGGACUGAGACUAGGACUACUGAAAACUACACUGGAUGCCAUUGAAAUGAAGUAUCGUGGUGACGUGUAUCACUGCUUGACAGAGUGCCUCUCCCAAUGGUUAGGUAGAGCUGAUAAUGUUGACAGUAGAGGAGGAGCCAACUUGGACUCGCUGUCAGAUGCUCUACGAUCUAUGAAUGAAACUGCUGUAGCUGAGAAGUUAAGUGAGUCAACCAUAACUGUAUCUAACUAUAAUCACUGUAUUUUCUAUCAUAGAACAUCAUGUUCUUAUUAAUAUUUUUGAUAAUCGUCGUACUGUCCUGUCUCAGUCUCUUUGUGAUUCUGUUGGUAUUGCUUGGUUACUUUAUGCUGAACGUAUGUUGACACAAGAAGCAGUUAGUAGAGUGGUUUCAGCUAGUCCCUCUGUUCCUAAUC